GGUUAAAUAAGAUUAUAUUUAUUUGUUUGCCUAAAUAUAAGUUGAUGGGUUCCAUCCCAACAACUAUUUGGUGCAAUCUUGUGUGUAUAUUUCAAUGUUCCUUUCACUUAAAGAGACAACUAAAUGAAGUAAUCCCUCCCCAGUCCCCUCUCUUUGUGCCUUUUGAGUUUCCUAGUAUCCAUCUUAUAUAAAAUAUUCUUCUUCAAUCUCUCUUAAAGCAAAGCUCAGCAAUUGGUAUCCGAAAAAUGGGGUCAGCAGAAAGAUCAAAGAAGAAGGUUCAGUUAUGGAAGAAAGCUGUAGUCCAUUUUGCUUUGUGCUUUGUUAUGGGAUUCUUCACAGGCUUUGCUCCUACUGGUAAAGCUUCCAUUUUUAAUACUCAACUUACUUCUUCAAAUAAAUCACACUUGUCUUCACAAUCUGUUGAAAUGAUUCACCUAGAAGCAACACCUCAGCCUGCCAAAAAUGCAAGUUUUGUAGCUGAAACUCCUGUGCAAAUCCCAGCAAGUUCUGCAGAAUCUGAAAGAGAAAAGUUCUUGGAAAAAAGGGAAGAAGAAGAAGAAGAUGGAACAGAAGCCAAGUGGAUUCCAAGAAGACUAGUGGUUAUCAUCACUCCAGUGAGUAACAAAGAUGAGUAUCAAGGGGUGUUUUUGAGGAGAUUGGCUAAUACCAUAAGAUUGGUUCCUCCACCAUUGAUGUGGAUUGUUGUGGAGGGGCAAAAAGAUUCAAAUGAAGCAUCAGAGAUUCUUAGAAAAACAGGUAUUAUGUACAGGCAUUUGGUUUCUAAAGAGAAUUUUACAGAUCCACAAGCUGAAUUGGAUCAUCAGAGAAAUGUUGCUCUUAGACACAUUGAACAGCACAGGCUUAGUGGGAUUGUUCAUUUUGCUAGCCUUUCCAAUAUCUAUGAUCUUGCCUUCUUUGAGGAGCUCAGAGAAAUUGAGGUAUUUGGGGCAUGGCCAAUAGCAUUAGUAUCAGGAAACAAGAAUAAGGUGAAAAUAGAAGGACCAGUAUGCGAUUCGUCACAAGUGAUUGGAUGGCAUCUAAAGAAAAUGAGCAAUGAAACAGAACAAGUAACACCUCCUCCUAUUCACAUUUCAAGUUUUGCUUUCAAUAGUUCUAUUCUCUGGGAUCCUGAGAGAUGGGGUCGCCCUUCUUCUGUUCCACAGACUUCUCAGAAUUCAGUGAAAUUUGUGAAGCAAGUAGCUCUUGAAGAUGAGACCAAGCUAAAGGGAAUCCCAGCAGAGGACUGCUCUAAAAUAAUGCUUUGGCAGCUUAAAUUUCCCACUGAAAAACAAUUAACCACUGCAGUUGAUAGCAACCACAGAUGAAGAUCACAAAAUCAUAAAAUUUAUUAGAAACAAUCAAGUAAUAUUGCAAUUCUUUUCCUUUCUUGUUUUUGUGUAAAUUUAUGUUUUUUUUUUUUUUUUAGUAUGAAUUUAGACAAGGUAUUCAAUUAAUAUUAAUGAAAUUGAAGUUGCUUUUAAAA